AUUAAUUAACUGAUCCGAACAUUCUAACCAAACCCUUCUCUUUCCUCCUUUCUUCCUCACCAAUGUAGUUCUACCAUUCCCCCUCCUCUCCGCCGUCGCCAACAAAGACCAGCCUCCAACUUCCUUUCCUCAUUUCUUUCUCAAUCCUCACCAACACAAACCCGCCGAUUACUCAACCAAUGACCAACUUAUCCAAUUCUACAUCUCUCUCAAUAUUCUUUCAAAAAGCCUCGCCGUAUUGCCUGAAGAAGAAACCCUAGAUGCAACGCUGCGGAUCUGCGGUUCGCAUUUGGAGCUCUUGUUGUUGUUUUGUGGAUUAUUGCAUCUCAGAGAAGAAGCUCGCCACCGUCAAUUGCAACAAGAGGCAUCUGGCCAACCUCGACAAGCUUCUGCAGAAGAACAAGACGAGUUCUGAGACUAGACGACGGAGCGACGACAUCGGGUUUGGCCAAUCGGGGGAAGAAUUUGCUGGACGGGCUGAAUCACGAAUCGCCAAGGUUGCAGCGAUUGCUGGUGAGGUUUUUCUUGCUCCUACUCGUGAACCUUGGGGUUCUUCUGCUUUGACAGGGUUUCUCGAUCGACGGGAAGAUGACAAUCGAAGGCUGGAAAGAUGAAGGGUCGAGAAAAUCAUCAAGCAAUUCCUAGAUUGGUCGGUCAGGGUGUCCGACAUGAGGGACUGGGAGAGGAAGGGAAUAAGUGAGAGUGUCAGAACGAAGAAGAUCGAGAAUUGACGCCCACAACGGUGGUGAGGUUGAUGGUCGCAGAGAUGGCAUAGGCGUUGUGAAGGGGCCAAAAUCUAAUCAGAUCUAUCGCUUCCCCCUUCGCCCUCUUCAGCUCCGGCAGAAAUGCCCAUCGACUCUUCUUUCCAGAUCGCCCAUUGACAACACCAGUAUCAACAACAGUCCUCCCCAAUCUGCCCCCGGAUUGGGGAGAGAGUAGCAUUAAAAUCGGGAAGGUGAA